AUGAAAUCCCGGGACACUCUUGGCCCAGAGAGGGAGAGAGAAAGCCGAAGGCAGAGCGACAAGGAGGCGCACAGAGAAGGGAAUCAACAGUUGUACAUAAGUUUCGAAAUUCUCACGCCAGAAAAAGUGAAAUCUUCAUCUGUCAGUGAGAAAAACAAACAAUAUUUGCAGAAAAUCAAAGUGAAGCAACAAUUUGGCGAAACUGAAGAGCAAUUUCCGCUGUUCCAGCGUGAGCUGAAGACAAAGAUGAGAUCGAACUUGGAGAAUUUCACCCUGAAGCAUCGCGUCUUCCUCGUGAAAUACUACUAUCAAUUCACGGGCGAUUAUCUGUGCGUGAAGACAAAGUACGAGGACAACUAUCGGGACAGCGACAGCUUCCCUGCCUUCUCCUAUGACGCCCUGAUGGAGAUUGUGAGUCUGUUCGAGCGCACGGGCAGCGUCUUCGAUCAGUCCGAGUUGCCGGACAAGACGCCCGGAAGCUCCCAGCGGCCAAUUGAGCGGGUGUUCGUGAAGCAGGAGGAGGAAGUGAGAGUGAUUGAGGAGCAGGACUCCCUGUCGAUGCCCGUGGGUCGCAUUGAUCAGGAUUCUGGCGAUUCUGAUGCUGACAUUUGGGAUGAUUCUGACUUUUUUGCCGAAUUGCAGAAACCACCGACAAAGAAGCCUCGCAUGUCCAGGAGUGAGGAAGAUGCUGUAAUCUUGGCGAGUAUGAAGAAGAGCAUCAAGGGAAAGCUCUUUCCUCUCAACAAGGACGCUCCUCGACGCUUGUCCGAUCAUCCCAACUUCUCAUUGGGUCAGAAAUCCACAGAUUCCGCUGAUGUGCUUGACGACGUUGGCCAGGAGAAUGCAGUAAAAGUCUCUCUUCACGCGUCUUACGACAGGAAGUUCGAUGGAAUGUCAAAGAAACUGGACAAUAUUCUGCGACUGCUGAAAUCCCCGGUGAAUCGGACGCACGUGAAUAUUGGAUCAGCGAAGCUGGUGCUUGACGACACAAACGAUCGGAUUGAUCUCAAUUGCACCUUCCCGAUGACCAGCAUUGAGGAGCUGGAGACGCUGAAUGAGAAUCUCGGCAGUGUGGAGUACAAGGCGGGCUUCAUAAAGGAGCUGAGCAGGAUCAAUGGCUUCUCGGGCACCAGCGAAGGCUUGCGCGCCGCGUACAGACUCUGCGACUACAUCUUCGAUCGCAAUCUCAUGAAUGCCUUCUCCUGGACGGGCCUGUCGAAGAAGAACAUUGGCAAGGAGCGCUUCAACAAGUACACCAGAAUCAUUGAAACCUUCGGCGAGAUCAUCAUGCUGGCCGACACGAGAUUCUCCGCUGCCCACAAUGAGGAGUUCUUCAAGCUGAAAGUGCUGAAGCACAGCGAAGCGCGCGCCAAGAAGAAGUCCAGUCAAGAUUCUUCCUCAAUUUCGUGGUUCGAAAAGGCUGAACCGCAGUAAAAACAACUGUAAAUUCAUCAUUGACCUUAGAUUUCCUGCAAUCUUAGUGUUUUUAGAAUUCACAAGAAUGUUUACUAAUAAGUUUUUAAAAUAGUAGAAAAAUUUCAUUGUGUUUA